CUUUAACAUUGCUAUGCCUUUUUUUUUUAAUAAAAAAAAAUAAAUGUCAAACAUGACAAUAAACAUUGAAGAAACAGAAGCCAUUAUACUAGAAGACAAGGUUGUCCACAAGAGGUACAUUACUGUAUGGGAUCGUACAACUCAAUUCAAAGACGGUCGCGUUAUAAAAUGGGAUAUUGUUGGACACGAUACUUCUUAUCCAACCUUUGUAGUCGUCUUUACCUUUGACACAACAAAGAAAACAACAUGCAUAUUGAAAGAAUACUGUCAAGGAACAAACGAGAUGAAAUACACUUGUGUAGCAGGUGCUUAUGAUAAAAGGAAGCAUAAGAGUGCCUUAGAAGCAGCACAACAUGAAUUAUCAGAAGAAGCUCAUCUAAAGCAAGGUGAAUGGAUCAAUUUACUACCACCAAGUCAACCUGCAGAUGGUAUCAGUGAAUUAAAAUGGGGUAAAAACCGAUUUGUACCCUAUAUUUGUAUAAACCCAAUUCAAGAUGAUACACCCAUGAAUAGAGAUUAUGAAGAACAUAUUGAAAUCAUCAGAGAUGUUCCCAUAGAUCAAUUAAGAAAGUUUAUUACAAGAGGAGAAAUGAUGUUGCCUUCUGUACAAACAUGUUGGAUGGCUAUCGAAUACUUAAAGGAAAAUAACCUUUUAUGAUAGAAUAUCAGAUGGCUUUGUGAAUUUAACUAAUUUUACUAGUUUUU